AUGUUUUCUAACCUACAGGAUAAGAUAUCAAAGGAUCGGAACAAGAAAAGGUCCUCAGACUCGCGAUCCGUAAGAAGCACAAUCGCAGCUGGUUCCAUGAUGGAGUCCACCGAAUCUUUGACUAGUUUGAAUUCAGCGGCCACGAAUCGAAAAAGUGAUCGAAUAAAGUACUUAGAAGGCAAACUGGACGAACUCAAAAAUUUAGUUCGUCAAAAGAAUGCCUCUAUCGAGUCAUCUGCAAAGGAAAUCGAUCGACUCAAAACUCAACUCCUUCAAGCUAAUGAAGUCUCCGAGAAUGCCCCGAGUGUUGUUAGAUUUAAUCAUGACAUCGAAGAAACGGAAGAUCGCUCCGAUUUAAAUAGUAUGUUAAGUAAAGCUGAAGCUAACUUAGCUGCAGUUAACCGACUUUCUGAGGAGGUUAUCGCACAAAAGGAAGAACUUCAUCGAAAAACUAACAUGGAAUUGGAAUCUGUCAAACUAAAUCUUCUUGGUGCUGAGGAGGAAAUACAUACACUUAGGUCCCAGCUAGCCGAUAAAUUGACAGAAAAUGAGAAUCUUUCUCGACAACUCGCCCAUGUUUCUAACGAGGUAGAAGUAAAGAAUAUGGCUUUGGAAGAAGCCAAGGAUAUUUGCUCAAAAAUGCGUAGUGAUCAAUUGGCUAAAGAUGAUGCGUUGAAACUACUGGAAUCGGAGAAAGCCGUUGCUGAGAAAAGGUUUAAUGAGCUUUCUGAGGAGUUGGAAAAGAUAAAAUCUACGUUGACCGUCCAAGAGCGUACCGCAUCAGAAUCCUCUGGCGCUUUGAAAGCAGCUCAGUUGGAAACAGAGAACGCUUUCAGUAAAGCCCGUUGCAUAGAAGAACGAGCAGCGGAGCGUGAAGCCGAUCUCCAGGAUCGCAUUCGGGUCCUUGAGGAACGUAUUGUACUUCUCACUGAACCUGACCCUGCUCUCUCUGAGCAGAUAGGCCAGGCUACACUAUCCACAUCAAGUUCCAUUCCUAGUGAAGAAUCUCCGGAAGCCGUAGCGACAAGAUGUGCCACGCUUCUUGUUGAGAUUGCGCAUAAAGAAGCAGAUUGUUUCCUUUUACUCAAUUAUCAAUCUGCGCACUUACCCCUGUCUCUUCAGCGCAAACUAUUGGAAACAUACUUAGCUGAAGCACGAAAAAGCCUGGAGGAUGAAAAGUCCACCUGGAAUGAGAAAAUCAACAUUUACGAAUCUCAAAUCACCCACCUGAAUAAGAAAAUUUCUGAAGAUGCUUCAGAAUUCGCAGCUGAAAGAGCUCAAUGGGAAAGUGAACGACAAAAAUUGGAGACAGAGCUUUCAGAGUCCCGGGAAAAAUCCAUACAAGCUGAAGCAGCUUCAUUGGCAGCAGAAUCCAAAAUAACGGAGAUUGAAAGGACUCUCGAUGAAGAGCGUAGGGAUUGGGAGUUGACACGAGCCUCGCUUGAAGCCAAGGUCUCAUCUCUCCAAGAAAAUGCAAAGUUGGAGAGCCACAACCAUGCCGUAGCGCUGCAAAGUUCGCAGGAUCUACAUUCUCAAAUAUCCUCUUUGGAGAAGGAAGUUGAGGCGGGUAGUCUAGCAAUGGAACAGCUCAAACUGGAGAAGGAAGAACUUACGAAAGUGCUGAAAUCUCGCAUAUUUGCAUUGGAGCAAGAAGCUUCGGAUAAAUCCCAGCAGAUUGAUAAGCUGACUCGUGGGGCGGAGGAUCGACAGACUCAACUCCAGGCUCGUAUAUCUGUCUUGGAGAAGGAACUUGAGGAUGGUUUUAAAACCGUUGGUGGUCUAAAAGAAAAAGAACUUCAAUCUCAAAUUCAAGCUCUUGAGAAUGAGAUCGAACGGAGUUCAAAACUAGCAGCCAACUUGGAGCAAGAAAAGGCGGAAUUGAAGGAGGGAUUCCAGUCAAUGAUUUUAACUUUGGAAUCACAGCUUGAAGUUAGUACCAAGGAGGUGGAAGUGUUGAAAGCGGAGCAAAGUGAACUUCAACAAGAGCUCCAAUCUCGUCUUGCCAACUCUGAAAAGCUCAUGGAAGCUAAGCUCCAACAGACUGAUGAAAUCGGGUCCCAAAACGAGGAAUUAAAGAAAGAUCUUCAAUCUCGAUUACAAGAUCUAGAACAGGAGGUUGACGUUCGUGCAAAGCAAGUCGUUUCUCUUGAGAAAGAAAAGGCGGAAAUAAUGGAAAGUCUUCAAUCAAUGAUUUCCACCCUGGAAGUGGAGGUUGAAAAUCGUACCAAGGAAGUGGAGACAUUGAGGCAAGAGAGAAGUGAAAUCAGACAAGAGCUCGAAUUUCGAAUAGCCGAUUCCGAAAAGAAUGCUGAAAUUGGGCUUCAACAGAUUGCUGCAUUGAAACGUGAGAAUGAGGAGUUAAAGAAAGAACUUCAUUCUCAAGUCCAAUUUCUCGAGCAGGAGAGAGAAACUGGAGCUAACCAAGCUUCCACUUUGAAGCAAGAAAAGGAGGAAAUAAAGGAAGAACUUCAAUCAAUGGUUGCAGCCCUGGAAUUAGAGCUUGAAAAUCGUGCCAAGGAAGUGGAGAUUCUAAGACAAUCGAAAUCUGAAUUGCAGCAGGAGCUCCAGCUGCGAAUCACGGAGUCUGAAAAGAAAGUGAAAGCCGAACUCCAGCAGUCUAAUGUCCUACAGCGUAAAAAUGAGGAGUUAAAGGAGGAGCUUCAGUCAAAGAUUUCUGAGCUGGAAAAGGAGCUUGAAAACAAGUCCAAAAUGUCGGAAUUGUUGAAACAGGAAAAAAUGGAAAUGGUGACUGAACUCCAGCUACAUAUUACGAAUCUGGAAAAGGAACUCAAAGCGGCAACAGCCGUGACUGACGCUCUUAAUGCUGAGAGAGAGGCUCAACAACAAGAGCUUCAAACACGGAUUGUGGCCUUGGAAAAGACUGCUGAAUCUAGCAGCAAAUCUGUGGAUGUGCUGACGAAGGAGAAAGAUAAGAUCCAACAGGAGCUGCAGCAAAGAAUUGUAACCCUUGAAAAGGAUGUUGAGAAGAGAGUUAAAUCUGUAAGCAAACUGAAGCAGGAGAAAGAAGACCUACUCGUUCAAAUAGAAGCUAAAACAGUCGAGAUUGGCCAGUUGAAAGAGGCGAACUCUCAACAACAAUCUUCUACUCAGCAAAUCAACGAUACGGUUGCGAAACUGGAGGAUCAACUUAGCUCUCUUCGUAAUACAAAUGAAGACUUGCGGGCUGAAAAGGAAAAUCUCGAACAAGCGCACCAAGCCCAUUCCUCUAAUAUGAGAGAAAAGCUGGCUAGUACUGAGGAAGAGCUCAAAUCCAUUCAGGAUAAAUUUGCUGAGAGUCAACGUUCAGCGCAGUCAGUGGAAUUGGAAUGUCAGAGUCUUAGAGAUGUACAGACGACUCUUCAGUCAAAGAUAGUCGAAAUGGAGAAAGAUUUCGCCGUUCGAAUAGCAGAAAUGGCAUCGAACCAGAAGCAAGAAUUGAUGGAUGAAGUUGGAUCUCUCAAGGCUACAAUCGAUGAGUUGAACGAGGUCAUUUCAGAUCGAAAUAAGGUGAAUCAACAAAUUAAAUCAUUACUAUUUUCCUCCAUUUUGAGUGGUUCCCAACUAGCUCGUCUCUGUCCUAUAGAACUCAACAGUUGUUCCAAGGUGGACUGGUCCGUUGAAAUGAGUACUAUUCGACUGCAAAAGCAAAAGCUUUUGGAGUUGAAGAAGGCUCUGGGUCAGGGUCUACGACAAGGCCAAGGUCUCUAUGUUGCUGGGUCCAAUCUCUCCCUCACUGAGGAUGAUUCUCACAAUCAACAACAACAGCAACACCGCAAUUCAUCUCUU